CCCCACUAGUGGCACUUCGUGUCGGACUCCUUCAAAAAUGUCCGAAUUAGUGUCAAAACUGCGUAAUAACUCUUCUAAUAACAUUCAAGUUUAUCUUCGUGAAAUUCAAAGUCUGUUACGGAAGAGUAAAGGGUUGGAUGUUGCGUGUGACUUUCGUAAAUCAGGUGGUUUAGACGAGGUUGUGAAGGUCGUUCAAAGCUGCAGUGAAGUUGAGGAUAAUGACGAAAGCAAGGUGGUGCAAGUUUUAGACCUAGCACUAAGUGUUCUUGCCACAUGUUGCCGAGAACAAGAGACGAAGACUCGGGUUCAUGAGUUGGGUGGUAUUUCUUCCAUAGUUGGAGUCUUGAAAUUGGGGAGUCAUAUCAGCAUUAUCAACCGGGCAUCUAGGGCUCUCGCUAACUUGGCAUCAACUCCCAAACUAUCAGCUGCAAUUCACGACACAGACUCAGUUCGUCUCCUCGUUAAAUCUCUCAAAGAGAUCACGGACUCCAACUGUCGCCAAAGUAUCCUGCGCACUUUGAGGAUGCUUGCUGAUACCAGCCAACACGCCCAUGAGAUACUGCAAGCGAAGGCCCUGCUGUUGACUCUAAGUUGCCUUGACUCAGAUGAUGUCAAGCUUGUUGGUAGUGCUGCACACACCGCUGCAGAGCUAACCAGUCAUCUUGGAUCUGGUCAGAGUAGUACAGAAACUCUUAAGGCCUACAUAGAGGCAGGUAAACAGGCUGUCGAGGAAGAUGGAGUGAGUUUGUUGGUCACUCUUCUCUCCCACACUAAACCCUCUAUCCAAGAGCAUUCUUUGAUGGCAUUGCUGAACUUAAUGGUUUCGGAAGGAGUGAGGGUUGCUGCCGGAAAGGCUGGUGGGGUGAACAUUUUCAUAGAUCGUGGGAAGGAUACCACCGUUGCUGCCUGGCCUACAUACAUUCAUUGCCUCUGCUACUGUUGCCGGGAAGCCAUCAACAGAGUCAGAGUGAGGAAUCUUGAAGGGCUGAAUGUCCUUCUCUGCACCUUAAAGAACUCAAAUGAAGAUUGCAAGACACUUCAUGAGACAGUUCUGGUUGCAUUGAUGGAAUUUUACUAUGAUGAGCAAAGCCUGAACUACCUCGCUGUUUGUGGUUUCAUCAACGUGUUGGUAUCUCAACUGCAAGAAGACCAAAAGCAGUCAGUCCAAGAAUCAGUUGCAGAUAAAAAUGCAACAGCCUCCUUAAUGGAAAGUAUCUCUGAUAAGAAACAAGCAACCCCUUCACCUAUGUGUCGUAGUGAAGACUCAUCCGGCAAGCUGCCUGAAGGUCUCCCAAGAAAGAGAUUAGCGUCACAAAGUGUAGGCUCAGUCAAGAAAUUCUGUGGAGCUAAAAAGUUAAGUAACCAGCAGGCAAGUGACAGAGUGAGCCCAGUGUCAGUAAAGACAAAAGUGAAAUCCAAUUCAUCAAAGACUAAGAUGGUGGCAUCAAGUUCCAGGCCAGCAGGCGAUGAACCCAUACCAAGAACCUCUACCACCCUUCAAGCAGCAGGAGGCAAUUCCUCAAAAGAGCAGCAGAGCUCCCCAUCUCAUUCCUUAAAUGAAUCAGGAAUGUCUCCCCCUUCAAGCUCAACCAACUAUCAGCUGUAUGUUAACCCAGAGGUGACCGCAUACUCUCCUCCAAGGAUUAAUUGGGAGAAUUUCUUGAAACACCGUGAGCAGAGGGGGCAAGACUUAUCACCAAGGAGCUUCUCAAGUUUCUCAUCCCCGUUAUCUCUCAGUCCAAGGGGUGAUUUAUCAGCACCACCUUCUCCAGGUUGGUCCCCUCAGUGGUCACCUCAGCAUUCACCACAACACUUGCCUCAGCAGUGGUCAUCCCCUCAGCAGUGGUCAUCCCCUGUCUACAGCGGGGACUGGUCACCCAAGCAAGACCUCCAGUGGUCACCCCAACAUUCACCACAGUGGGAACAGGAAGAACCAUCCUCGCCUGAAAGGAACAAGUCACUAGUGAAUGAGUACCCUAGAGAGAGACUUGACAUAUCAGCAGAACACCUGUCAAAAGAACCAGCACAGGAAGACUACCUUGAUCCAGUCAUGGUUGAGCUUCCAAGUGAACAGUUAACACCAAGUUUGUCAACAGAAACCAGACGUGCUGAUAAAGCUUUGGAAGUCAGUCCAUUUGGUACACACACAAUAUCUAUCAAGUCUCAGAACAUGCCCUUGGUUAGAGCGACAGAUUUGCAAGCUGUGAGCAAUCUCACAGGUCCCCAUGGAGGCACCCAAGACCCACAAACUGUCGGCAAGUCACUGUGCAGCCUUUCUAAGAAGCUUGAUAACCUAGAGUUUGCUAAAAAUAGAGAACUCAAUCCGAAGUUGGAGGCAUUCAGAGAACCAAAGGUCAAGAAUCCAAAGAGAAAGUCUGGAAAGAGCAAAACUAGCUCUAUUAACAGUGAGUCUCCCAAAUCACCUUUUCUCGACAACUUGGGUUCAGAGUUGUUACACUGUAAAGCAUCGAGAGAUUCCAAAUUUGAUGCAGAUAUGGAGAUAGCUCGAGCCAAGGAGAAAGGGAAGCUUAGAAGGAGAGGGUAUGCUGUGGUGACCUUACUCUCGCGUUACUCCCACAUGGAUGACCCAAGUUCAACAAUGGCCAAAAGAUCAGUCAUAUCUGCUUUAAUGGACUAUCAACCAAGUUCAGACUAUUUACGAUCCAAAUGCCAGAGAACCCUCCAAAGAAUCCUGAAGAACAGACUUUGCUUUGAGCAAUUGAUACUGGAGCAUGGCCCAAUGUUUAUUGUAUCAAAAAUGCUCAACAGGAAGCAGACUGAAAAACAUUCUCAAGAAGAAGGUAUUGGUCAAGAAGUGAUCAAUAUAAAUCAAAGCGUUAGUACACGUAAGAAUCGUAAAACCAGUUCGUCGUCAAUUGGAUCUGGGAACUCUUCUGUUGAGAAGCUUGCCCCUCAAUUGAUAGAUCUGAAAAGACCUGGAGGGAUACAAAGGCCAUGUUCCACAAUCAAACCCCCAGAGCUGAUAACACCAAGGCAAAUUUUCUCAAAGUCGGAUGCCAAAUCUAUCACUGACUCGGUGGAUGAUUCAGCCUCGGACAAUACCUCAAUCUGUAGCAUGGACACCCUGGAAUCAGAGAGACUCCAAUCCUUGGGAGAUCCGGCCUCACCACUGUACCCACUGAUGGUCUCAACAUGCCAGUACAGACAAGGACUUAUGGUCAAGGUUCUGUUAUCUGAUUCCCUGGAGGAGAAAAUGGCCUGUAUUUUAGCGGUUCCUUACAUCUGCCAGUCCAACAGCCUAAAGAAGAAACUACUUAUCAAGUAUAAAGGUCUACAGAUACUCGUCGAUUAUCUACAGAAAGGUAACAUCAAUCCAGACAUGUUUAACAAAGCUGUUCAGUGUCUCCGUGACCUCGCUUCGACCCUCUACUUAUCACCAUACCUCUCUGUAUCUAUGAACAAUGAAAGUCCUAUUUUGAGAACAGAAAGAUCGGUUUCUGUAGCAAAUGCUGGGAAGAAAGAACCAGAAAGACUCUCCAAAGGAAGUGUUCUUCGGACUAAAACAUUAAUUGGAGAAUCUUCAGUGUUCAGAGAUGCUGAACUUGGUCUUACUAAUGAUGCCAUAAUGAAAAAAGGCAGGAUUCAAAAGUCUGCAGAUAAAACCCCAGUGACAAACGUGGAAGUUGUUGUAGGUGAUUCACCAGCUGAGGUCUCUUCACCAUCAGAAGGUUCAAGUAAGCCCAACCAACACAGCGUCUUUGAAAAAAGAAAGGCAAUACGAUGUCUGCCAGAUCAUCGCAGUAUUCAAGAACCGGGAACUCGGCAAAGCAACCAGAUGCAAUUCUGUAGCUUUGAUUUAAUGCAAUUAGACAUUAAGUUCCUUCUGGAUCAAAAGGAUAUUGUUGAAGCUCACAGGGACACCCUAAUCAGAAGUUCAGAGUACUUCUCCUGUCUCUUUGAGGGUCCCUAUUUGGAAUCCAGACAGAAAAUCGUACCCAUUGGAAGUAUCUCCAAAGAAGCUCUAACAUUCAUCCUUCACACCUUACAUGGAUGUCUUCACACUCAGUGUCCCUACUUGAGGAAUGUUUUACCAAAUGGCUGUAAUGUGCUUCUUGAAUCUAUCGCUUGUUCUGGGCGCUUUCUGCUAUUGCCUGUUCAGAAUCUGCUCUGUGACAUCCUGGUGGAAGAGUAUCUGGAUUCUACCAAUGUGUCGAGUCAUUAUAGUUUUGGGUUGGCUCACAAUUGCUCCAAGCUGACCGAGGCCUGCUUGUUGUACAUGCUGACAAAUGGCCAAGUCUCUUCGAAACAUUUUCAAGACCUUGCGGAAAGCAGUUCCGCUGAUAUUGCGUUCCAAAGUAUUAGGAAGAUAGUAGCUGAUGGACUUAACCAAAGAACAUGAUGUGAAGGCUGUAACCCAUUCACUUAAAGACACUGGACACGUUUUGUAAUUGUCAAAGACCAGUAUUCUCACUUGGUGUAUCUCAACAUUAUGCACAAAAUAAAAAAACUGUGAAAAAUUUGGACUCAUUUGUCGUCAGAGUUACAAGAGAAUUUCAAGUUUUUGUGCUUUCACAUGCAUAAUCAAAGGCUUCAGGCCUGAAGUAUUUUAUUAUUUGAUUGAGAAAUG